AUUUGGGGAUUUUUGCUUCUUUCGGGGAUUUGUAAUUUUGAAGAAACCUUCAACUUUAGUUAUUUAUGUUAAAUUUUCUUGAAUCAGUAACUGAGACAGUUUGAAUUGAAAUGGCUGUCAUCCGAAUUCUUAAUUAUGAUCACAGAAUCAAUCAAUUGUAACUGAAAGAGAUAGUGUGAAUUGAACUGAUUGUGAGAUCCAUGGAAGAAUGUGUGAAUGUUUUAUGUAUUUCAUUAUCUUAUACGAUAUCUUUGACUAAAGUAUUUUCUUGUAUUGAUGAAUUCAAUAGUGAGUGACCACAAAGUUCAAUUCUUGAUCUACAUCUGAACUUGUCUGUUCUUAUUGUUUUGAUGUUUGCUGUAGAAUUGCAAAAAGUCGUGAUGGCUGGGCAUGAUAACUCGAACGGGUCUACAGAGAAGUCCAACAGCGGUAUGGAUGAUUUGCCGACUUUCAAUGCUGAGAAUAUGCAAAACAACAUGAAAGUUAUUCUUUACAGCCGCACAUUCAUGGCAAUCAUUGGUGGUGUCAUUGCCGGGAUUCUGGGACUUACUAGCUUGACAGGAUUUAUCUUUUAUUUCCUUGUCAUGGCAAUGACUUCAGUAGCACUCACAGCGAAGGCCAAGUUUUCAAUCCACUCCUACUUUGACAGCUGGAACAGAAUCUUGAUGGAUGGAUUUUUUGGCGGGCUUAUGUCAUUUGUGCUCUUCUGGACAUUUGCUUACGACAUUGUGCAUAUAUUCUGAGGAUCCUGUGUGAAAUGAAGACCUUCACUAUCCUUGAUGCUGAAAGCUAGCUCACGUGCAAGAUGCUAGAAAUUUUCAAGUUCAAAGUAGUGGCUAUUCAAAGUUUGCAGUCAUGUUGUGUUCUUUCUUUUAAGCUUGCCAGAAAGUACUACCACAGAACAAACCACUGGUUCAAAUUUUAGAAUUGGGAGUAAAACAUUUUGAUCUUGAGUAAAGGUUUUGUUAGGUGACUUAUAUUCGAGUACAAAAGCUUUUGAGUAAUUGUCUAAGCAUUUAGACAUUGCAAAUCACUGUUGAAUGAUAUAGAUGAGCUGGUAAUCUUAGACAAAUCUAAUCAUCCAGGUUCAAAGUUCUUGCAGUGGAAGCCUUUUUCUUAAUAUAAGUGAUGCUCUUAGCACCAUAUGGUUAUACGUUCCUA